AUGAUUGGACUGAUUUGGCACUUCCCGCAGUGGCAGACUCUGAUCAUUGCCCUCAUCAGCUCGACGUCGCUGCCUUGUUGCCGUUGUAUGCCCACAAAUUCGAUCCGAAGGAAGCGGCCCGGGCAUUGGGGCUUCCGGUUUCCUGAGGUAUCAGGCAUCCGCUGCGUUUCCGCUGCUCCUGCAAGCCGAGACUUGGAUGGAUUGGUGACGGCGGCCCCGGAAGAGGGUGUGAAGUGCCCGAUGUUGUCUGGAGCUCAGGGCAUGCGGUGGUUGGAGCUGCCCCUGUACUUGCCAAUGCUCGCUUGGACGGCCAUCGUCUUUGUGAUCGCCCGGCUUUGCUUCAUCCUCAUUCCCACGCAGACAGAGUUUCUUGGUGGCAUCACAAGCCAUCAGAAGUGGUUGGGUAAGCUCUGA